AAUUUUCAUUGAUUCAGUCUUUUUCUUGGUUGAAUAUUAAAAACUAGCAUCAAAAGUGCAUUCAUUAAGAAAUUGACAUCAAUAAAAAGAUCAACAUCGAUCAAAUCUGCAUAAAUUUGCCUAGAUUCCCACCCUUCAGCAAUCAAAACUGAGCAACAUUCAGUGGUGAAACACAACAAGUACCUCUCACACCUUCUUAUAAGAUAUUUUUUCAUUUUUUUAUUAAUUUUUGUGAGUUCAUUUUAGUUUUUGAUAUUGACAAGGCACAAGCUGGAAAAAUUUAAGAAAUUCGCACAAAAUCUUGAUGAUUGUUAUGUAAUUUUUAAAGUAAUUGACGACUGGAAAUAAUAAAUACACAGCUGUCGAACAUUUUUUUAUUUACGAGAACAAAUAGUUGAAUUAAAUUUGGAUAAAUUUGCAUUCAUCAAGUCAGAGAGAAGUGGAGAAUUCGAGAUCAAAGUAAAUAGAAGCAUAUAGAAACAUGGAAUCAACACAAGAAGCACCUGCGCCAGAGCCAUUCUUCAGCCUUUUAGAUUUUAUUUUACUUGCUGUACUGCUAGGUGGUGCAGUAUGGUGGUUAUUAAAAAAUAAAAAGAAGGAACCGCCAGCAUCAGUUAAAUCAUAUUCCAUUCAACCAACGACAGUCAAUACCAUGACAAUGGCUGAAAAUUCAUUCAUUAAGAAACUCAAGUCAUCAGGAAGAAGUUUAGUUGUAUUUUAUGGUUCACAAACUGGAACGGCUGAAGAGUUUGCUGGACGAUUAGCUAAAGAAGGGAUGAAAUUUCGUCUUAAGGGAAUGGUUGCUGAUCCAGAAGAAUGUGAUAUGGAAGAGCUGCUACAGUUGAAAGACAUACAAAAUUCACUUGCUGUCUUUUGUCUCGCAACUUAUGGUGAAGGUGAUCCAACUGAUAAUGCAAUGGAAUUUUAUGAAUGGAUCACUAAUGGUGAUUUCGAUUUGACUGGAUUGAAUUAUGCGGUAUUUGGAUUAGGAAAUAAGACUUAUGAGCACUACAAUAAAGUUGGCAUUUACGUAGACAAACGUUUGGAGGAACUAGGGGCAUCAAGAGUCUUUGAACUCGGCUUAGGUGAUGACGAUGCAAACAUCGAAGAUGAUUUCAUAACAUGGAAGGAUAAAUUCUGGCCAGCAGUAUGCGAAUUCUAUGGUAUCGAAAGUACAGGCGAGGAAGUAAUGAUGAGACAAUAUCGCUUAUUAGAACAGCCAGAUGUUGCACCAGAUCGUAUUUAUAGCGGUGAAGUUGCUCGUUUACAUUCACUUGUGAAUCAACGACCACCAUUUGAUGCCAAAAAUCCAUACUUAGCACCAAUGAAAGUUAAUCGUGAAUUACAUAAAGCUGGUGAUCGCUCAUGUAUGCAUGUUGAAUUUGAUCUUGAAGGAUCAAAGAUGCGCUAUGAGGCUGGUGAUCAUCUUGCAGUAUAUCCAGUCAAUGACACUGAUCUAGUUGAACGUUUAGGAAAAUUAUGUAAUGCUGAUUUGAAUACUGUCUUCUCAUUGAUUAAUCUUGAUACGGACAGUAGUAAAAAACAUCCAUUCCCAUGUCCAACGACAUAUCGUGCAGCUUUAACUCAUUAUUUGGAAAUAACAGCACUUCCGCGUACGCAUAUUAUAAAGGAAUUGGCUGAAUAUUGUAGUGAUGAAAAGGAUAAGGAAUUCUUAAAAAUGAUGUCAUCAACAACGCCCGAAGGAAAGGCAAAAUAUCAUUCAUGGGUUCAAGAUGCAUGUCGUAAUAUUGUUCAUAUUCUUGAAGACACUCCAUCAUGUCGUCCCCCAAUUGAUCACAUUUGUGAAUUGUUGCCUCGCUUGCAGCCUCGAUACUAUUCAAUUUCUUCAUCAUCCAAAUUACAUCCAACGACUGUUCAUAUCACAGCUGUUCUUGUUCAAUACGAAACACCAACCGGUCGAUUAAAUAAGGGUGUUGCCACAACAUUCCUUUCUCUUAAGCAUCCUGAAACUGACCAACCAUCGCCUCGUGUUCCAAUCUUUAUCCGUAAGAGUCAAUUCCGUUUGCCAACUAAGCCAGAAACUCCAGUAAUUAUGAUUGGACCUGGAACUGGUUUGGCGCCAUUUAGAGGUUUUAUUCAGGAACGUGAUGUAUGUCGUAAAGAAGGAAAGACUGUAGGAGAUACAAUUUUAUACUUUGGAUGCAGAAAGAGGUCUGAGGAUUACAUUUAUGAAGAGGAACUUGAGGAUUAUGCCAAGAACGGAACUGUAAAAUUGCGCUUGGCAUUCUCUCGUGAUCAACCUCAUAAAGUCUAUGUUACACAUUUGUUAGAACAAGAUGCUGAUCUCCUAUGGGAUGUUAUUGGUGUGAAUAAGGGUCAUGUGUAUAUUUGCGGUGACGCAAAGAAUAUGGCAACGGACGUAAGAAAUAUUUUAUUAAAUAUCAUCAAGACCAAGGGAAAUAUGAGCGAAAAUGAAGCUCAGCAAUACAUCAAGAAGAUGGAGACACAAAAGAGAUACUCAGCCGAUGUAUGGAGUUAAAGAAAUCAACCAUAAAUCAUUCUCAGUCGCAGUCACAGUCUAAACACACAAAAAACCAUUUACAUUAAAAAAAAUAUGCAAUUGUGCAUUAAUCUUUUGAAUGAAAGAGUCAAAGUGCCUCUAAAUUUCAUUUCCUUGACAUUUACUUUAAUUUUAUGUACGAAAAAAAUGUUCAUUAGUGAGAAAUUUUAUCAAUUUAGACUUGUAAGCACGCAGAGGGAUUUUUUUUAUUAUUACUAUUAUUAAAAAGUGGAUCAAAAAGUGCAAAGAAUGGCAUAAAUAUUGUAACUAGUAAUUCUAUUGGUUAGGAAUUGAUUUAAAAAAAUUGAGAAAAAUAAAAUUUCAUUUUUUAAUAUUUAUUCAUUGA